UCUUUAUUGCACUGGGACUUGGGUGAGGCCCAGGGUAGGAAAGAGAAUGUCAGCUGAGCAGGUGAACAAGUAUCACUGGUGUAGGAGACUCCCAUGACAGGCCUGCCUGCAGUGCUGCUGCUGCCAGUCCUGCCAUUUCUUUCUACAGCCCAUGUCGGUGUGUCCUGCACCCUUGUAGCUGCUCUUAGGUUCUUCCUGGCUGAAGGCUGGAGCAGAGCUUCAGCCCCCUCUCAUCUCAGGUGACAAUGGGGAAUGGGGAAGCUGCAAGUGGGGCUGGCACUGGCUCUGAGAGCUCCGCCAGUUGAUGGUGCCUCUGUCUUGUGGGGGGUGGGAUGGGGGAAGUAUGCAGGUGGGUCCUGCAGCCACCCAGCUGUGAGGCUCUAACUGGGGGAUGCCACCCAGGCUCUGAAGAGUUGUUGUGGUUUGAAAGCAGUCCUCAUCAGGGGGGCUAUGCUGUGACGAGCUCACUUAAAAGAGGAGGGUUGAUCUGAGUAGGAGCCAUUCAGGUAUGAACCAGGACGGAAGGAUGUGCAGAAAACUAAGCACAGGGGGGGCUCAUGCAGGGUAGAGACAGUAACUGGUUGGAGGGUGAGUUGCUAAAGCAGCACUGCUGGGGUUGGCCCUGUGCACAGGGUACUGUCUGUGCAGUGAGGUUUGUGGUAGGUAGGCCGUUUGUGUCCUCAUGGAAGGGGUGAGCUGCUGCUCCUCCUGAGCUGCCCAGCGGCCCCUGUCACCACUUUCCCCUCCUUGCCAUGCAAAUGAAGGCAGCUGCAUUUCGGUUCCUGCUCUCUGCACAGCCGCCCAUGUUCCGCAUGUCACGUUGAGCAUGGCUGGUGGUAAGGAAGCAGUGGGGUGUCGUCCUCUUCACCCUAUUUCAUAGGCUGUGCCCAUGCAUGUCUAAGCAUCGAUGCUGUUUGCAGAGAUACCAGGGUCACCAGAGCAUCCUGAGGACCUUGCACAACAGCACAGGAGAGAGUUGCUUCCAAGCACAUCCCAGGCAGCAGUUGCAGCUAAGCUUCCCACCAGGCCUAUGGAGCCACAAGGGAUUGUCAAAGCCUUUCCCAAGAGGAAGAAGGUGAGGGGUGACUCAGAGAAAAGCAUCCCUCCAAAGAUCCCAAAGGAGGAAGGAAUAGAGAUACCUGAAGCAGAGUGGCUGAAGCCAGUCACUGCCUACAUGUUGCAAGCCGGUAUCGGCCAAGCCAGGGCGGACAUCUUCCACAAGCAGAUUGUCCAGAAUGGGGGUGUUGUACACAACCAGCUCUCCUCGGAGGUGACACAUGUCAUUGUGGCUGAAGACAUGGACUGUGAUCGGGCCUUUCGGCUCCUUAAAUUAACCAAACUACCUUCAGGAUUGCAGCUAGUGAAAGCAUCCUGGCUAAGUGCUUGCAUUAGAGACAAGAAGCUGCUGAGUACUGCUGGCUACCAUGUCUUUAUGCCUCGCAGGUACCUGGAGGAGGGAGAACUGCCGAAAGAGCAGCAGCGGCAGCAGGUCCUGGGCAGUGAAGAGAUCCAGCCCCCAGCAGAGGAGGGAGCAGUGAAACCAAAUACUGAAGCACAGGUGCGGGAUUCCUCGAAACGAGGCCUGGGCACCCUUGGACAGCAGCAACUGCCUGAGAAAGACUCUGAUGAUGAAGACAGUGAAGGAGAUGCUAGUGUUACCCAGGGAGAUCUAGAAGCAUUGAUUUCUGGCCGCUACCCUGUGAAAUCAUCCGAGGAGACCAGUGACAGCUCUUCCACAGUGGCCCAGCCUGCCAGCAAGUGGGUUUGUGCCCAGUCAUCCAACAGCAAGAAGGAGAAUCACAACCAAUGCAUCACAGAGAAGCUGGAAGUGCUGGCAAAGGCAUACUCUGUCCAGGGGGACAAGUGGAGAGCUCUGGGCUACUCCAAAGCCAUCAAUGCACUCAAGAGCUACCACAAACCAGUCACCUCCUUCCAGGAAGCCUGUAAAAUCCCUGGGAUUGGGAAGCGGAUGGCAGAGAAGAUCCUGGAGAUCUUGGAGAGUGGGCACCUGCGCAAGCUGGAUCACAUCAGUGAGAGUGUGCCUGUGCUGGAGUUGUUUUCUAACAUCUGGGGAGCAGGGGUCAAGACAGCUCAGCUGUGGUACCAGCAGGGUUUCCGGACGCUGGAUGAUAUUCGCACCAAGGCGACUCUCACCAGCCAGCAAGCUGUGGGGCUGAAGCACUACACGGAUUUCCUGGAGCGCAUGCCUCGGGAGGAAGCUGCAGAAAUAGAAGAGACUGUCAGACAAGCUGCCCUGGCCCUGAAGCCUGGGCUCCUGUGUGUGGCAUGUGGCUCCUACCGUCGGGGGAAGCCCACCUGUGGAGACGUGGAUGUGCUGGUCACUCACCCAGACGGGCGGUCUCACCAUGGGGUGUUCAGCAAGCUGCUCGACAGCCUCCACAGGAGCGGUUUCCUUACGGAUGACCUGGUGAGUCAGGAGGACAACGGUGAGCAGAAGAAGUACCUGGGGGUGUGUCGCCUCCCCGGGCCAGCCCAGCGUCACCGCCGGCUUGACAUCAUCGUGGUGCCUUACAGUGAGUUCGCCUGUGCCCUGCUCUACUUCACCGGCUCGGCUCACUUCAACCGUUCCAUGCGGGCCCUGGCCAAGACCAAGGGUAUGAGCCUAUCGGAGCACGCCCUCAGCUCAGCCGUGGUGCGGGGCCCUGGAGGCAUCAAGGUGGCAUCUGGUCACACUCUGCCCACUCCCACUGAGAAAGAUGUCUUCAUUCAGCUGGGGCUGCCGUACCGGGAGCCCUCAGAACGGGACUGGUGACACCCGGUUGUCACCCAGCACCCUGGGCCCACUGCAGUGCUGCUGUUUUGAAGGGUGCUGGUUUCCCCAGUGCUGCUCUGUCAUGGAUGCAGACUGGGGAACAUAUCCCAGCAAACUGGGGCUCCUUGCAAGCACAGGGCCCUGCUGCUGGCAGAGCUGUGUGGCUUUGCCCAGCGGAGGCUGUGUGCUGGAACCACGCUGGAAGCGCUGCCUGGUGGCACAGGCAGCCCCUGGCUACCAGAAGGGCUCGCUGCCCAUCAGCUGCCCUGGCCCUGCUCUCCUGGGGGAAGCUUCAGAAGGCUGGGCUGUGGAGCCUUGUGAUCCCGUCCCUCCCGGUGCUUGGGAACAGGGGAAGUGGGAUGUAUCUUCCUCUGUGUCUGAGUACAGACACCCCAAAAUCUCUGUCCUGAACUGUGCACGAAGGCAGCAGGGAUCUGGCUUUGCCCUGGAACAGGCCUUCCCCCUUUUCACUGCUGCUGACAGCUGCUACUGCGGGAAUCACGAAGGGUCCCACUGUGCUGCUGCUGUGUCCUUCCUCCAUCUGAGCUGACUCAUGUCCUCUGGUGGGUGUCACUACACGGGGCUGGGCUGCUGCAACUGCCACCAGCUUCCCCUGGUGCCAGGGAAGCCUUGAAGGAGGUGUAGGGACCUGAUGUGCUGUGCCAGCUUGUUCUCAGCCUGUCAUGUGCCAAGGAUCCGCCAGUGCAGAGAGCUGUGAUACCCCUGCUCUGGCCCCAAGGGCUCCUUUCCUCUAAGUGCAGGAGAGGAGUGGACCUCACGGCUUAGGGAGCUGUGCUCAGGAAGGGUUUGAAUGUAAUGACACUGAAUGUAGUCCAGCAGGACUGUGUGUUUGUGCAUAGGAGGCAUGGAGGCAGAGAGAAGUCAGAUAGUUUAGUUCUAAUCUGGGUGAAGCAAAGCUUUCCCAUUUUGUAUGUGUGGAAGCCACAGAGUCAUCUGGUUUUUGAUCAGAGAAAACGUGUGUGUGUUUGUGUAUGAAUGUACACCUGGCUGGCCCCAUCAGUUCCAUGGGAGUGAAUUUUUUUCCCUGGGAAACCUCAACUAUUUUAUGUUCUAGAGAUGAAUUUCCCACAGACUUUCAGUGCUCCAUCUCCGUUACAGGUAUUGCAGUGGUUCCUCCUGGCAGAGGUGCUGCUCUGUGCCAGGACCCCAGGGCUCCCUCUGGGCCUGGCCUGGCCUCCCACUCCCUUGUCUUUUGGGGGACCCAGCCACCCCCGCUCUGCACUCUGCUGUGUGUUUGUCAUGUGCAGUGACAAGCCGCGUGUUUGCUGCUAGGGUAGGCACAAGGGCAUUAAACCUGGUGGGUUUGCACAGUUCCUUGCUGCACCGUCAGCUGUGGCUGCUGGGCACCAGUAAUGGGGCUAGGGCGUUUGCUGGGGAGGCCUUGACACCAGCAGUGUCAUUUUUCAGCCCAGCCUUUGUACUGAACACUUGAUGAAAAUGACUGUCUUCUGGCACGUCUUAGUACAUUGAAAUUUGAAGUAUAAUAAAUCCCUUCUCUCUUUUUUUCUUGGCA